AUGACAUGCAGAGACCGUUCAAAUGAGUUCCUGUCAGCUGUCAAACUCCUACAGUCACGUCAAGGAAAUGGCUUGGUUAUGCCCAAGCAAAGAAGAGACUUGAGGGCAAGAAGUGAAUUUAACGUGAUUGCUAAGCGAAUAGGAAGAGAUUUGGCCAAUACUUUUGCUAAGUUGGAAAAAUUGACUCUUUUAGCCAAGCGUAAAUCUUUAUUUGAUGAUAAGCCUGUUGAAAUUCAAGAACUAACUUACAUUAUAAAACAAGACAUUAAUAGUUUGAAUAAACAAAUUGCUCAACUCCAAGAACUGUCUCGUUCACAACGAGCCCAAAAUGGCAAGCAUGCACAAACACAUUCCAAUUCUGUUGUGGUGGCACUGCAGUCAAAACUGGCUUCAAUGUCCAAUGACUUUAAAGGUGUAUUGGAAGUUCGUACUGAAAACUUAAAACAUCAAAAAGAGAGGAGAGACCAGUUCUCUCAAGCUGGGGCUACUAGUUUACCUCCUUCAAGUAUGGGUCCAGGGGGACAGACUAAAUCGCUUUUGUAUGAAGAAGAAAAUCGACAAAAUGGCGGUUCAGACUUUGCAAUAAAUAUGGAUGGACUGGACAAGAAUCAGCAUCAGCAACAAUUACAACUUGUUGAUCAACAAGAUGCCUACAUUCAAAGUAGAGCAGACACAAUGCAAAAUAUUGAGUCAACUAUUGUAGAAUUGGGAUCUAUUUUCACACAGUUAGCUCACAUGGUUCAAGAACAGGAAGAAAUGGUGGGCAGAAUUGAUGCUAACAUUGAGGACACCCAAAUGAACAUUGAAGCUGCUCAUAGCGAGAUUUUAAAGUAUUUUCAAUCAGUGACUUCAAAUCGGUGGUUAAUGAUAAAAAUAUUUGGUGUUUUGAUUGUUUUCUUUAUAAUAUUUGUGGUUUUUAUGGCCUAG